CUACAAACUCACGCAGACCUCACGCGCUUCGUCUGCAGCCACAGCCUACCUGGGUGGGCCUGAUUGAUUCCUAACCCUAGCAGGCGAAGCCCCGGGACGGGGCAGAGUCGGCAUGUUAGCGACCACCCGAAAUUUGGGGAUAAUCUGAGGAGAUUGUGAAGGAGGGUAUCUAGAGUUGAAAGGUCAGAGCCCCUGCCCCUGGGCAGGGUGAGGAGAUCGAUGGCUUCUCCCUCUAGACAGCCCCCGCUUGGGGGAUCAGGGUUGCUGCAGGGGAGUCGGGCUCGCUCUUAUGGAAGCCUGGUGCAAUCAGCCUGCUCACCAGUGAGGGAAAGACGCCUGGAGCAUCAGUUGGAGCCCGGAGAUACCCUGGCUGGCCUAGCACUCAAAUACGGGGUGACGAUGGAACAGAUUAAACGUGCAAACCGCCUCUAUACAAAUGACUCCAUCUUCCUGAAGAAAACCAUCUACAUUCCCAUAGUGACAGAGCCCAGAGACCUGUUCAACAGCUUGGAUUCUGAGGAAGAGAAAGAUGCAGAGGAAGAGGCACACUCAAGUAAGGAUGAAGCUCAUUCACACUCAGCUGAGAGGAAGACACGACAGACAGGUUCUGGCCGUGCCAAUGGUGAAGUCCCCUCUACACCUGGCCAAGAAUCGCCCCCACCCACCCAUGACCUCUCUGCCUCUGAUUUCCUUAAGAAGCUUGAUUUACAGAUCAGCCUGUCAAAGAAGGCUGCUGCCCGGAAGCUGAGAAAAGGGGAAAGUGGGGUACCUGGGGAACACACAGCUGUCCAUCAGAGCUCCCCUCGGAUGCAGCAACGAGCAGUCCUAGGUCCUGUGCCACUGACCCGGACCUCUCGGACCCAAUCCCUACGGGAGCAGGAGGAUGAGAUCUUCAAGCUCUGAUGUCCCCAGCACGGACUGAGAGAAGCAGGGUGGUAAAGAAACAACUUGAGGGGAAGAGGAGCCCGAGGUGAGGCUCAGAAACAUGGCCAUGCCGCCUGCCUCCCUCUACUCCAACCAUCUUCCCCAACCUUCUUGUCCAUCAAGAAUGCCUCCAUCUGGGGCAGUUAUUAUUGUUAUUAUUUUGAUAGGCGUAGGAGAUGGGGACUAGACUCCUUCCCAGUUUGGGAGCUGAAUCUAGAGUUGUCUUUUAGAUUCAAAAAGCUCUUAUAUUAUACCCUCCCUCCACCCCUUUGCCAUUUCCUGGCUUUAUAGCAGGGAAACUAGAGAUUCCCCUUCAACUUCCUCCCCAUCUCCAACUAAGUUACCUAACUUAUUUGGUGCUAUAUUGAAGUACUAUUUAUUUGCUGUAUCUAAUUCCUUCCCACUCAGCUGAUCCAGGGGACUUAGAGCUCCAGGGUGAGGGGGACCCCAGAGACAGGGAGUCUGGGACUGCCGGCUCCUCAUCUUCCCUGCCUCCUUAGCCAAGCUUGUUACCCAGGGCAAAGGAAUCAGUGAUGGAGCAUCGCUGCACAGAAUUGUGGACUCUACUGAGUCUUUUCCUCAGUGUCAAGGUAAAAGAUUUGAGCCGUCUUGACUAUCCUAACCCAUUACAGAUAACUUUUUCACAACAAGCAGCUGCCUAAGGACCUGCACCCCUUUUGCCCAGUCCCGUCCCCCCUGCUAGCCUCUCCUCUGCUCAGCCUGUGGGGUACUGAGGGAUGGGAAAUAAAUGCCUUGGGGCUUGAAGAGGAGGACAGUUGUAGGAGUCUUUUGGUAACGGCCCCCUUCCCAUCAGAGCCUAUCUAGGCCUUGCUCCUCACUGCAUAUUUAUUUGCAAUGUGUAGCACCGAUCUGAAGUACAGCUUGUGUGUGUGUGUGCGUGUGUGUGUGCGUGUGUGUGUCUUAAACAGAAAUAGUAAUCAAGGCAACCUCAGUAGUACUGGAAAUAGGCCUCAUUGUCCUGUGUGGAAAUGGUGAGGAGAUGAGAUAAGCGGUUUGUACACCUCCUUUCCUCCACAACGAUCCUAAGUCACAAGAAGCUGGAGAGAUUAAACGUUGAGCCCU